AGUUGAGCUCAGGAGCUACCAGAUAUAACUUGUGGUGCUCAAGUUCGGCCUUUGGGGACACCCCAGACCCUUCCUAUCUUCCGAUCGUGCAUUACCACGCUGAGGUAGAGGUUGAUCUGCCGGCUGCUGCCCUUGGCUAGCUCGCUGGUUUCGAGCGCAAAGAACCUCGAAGUCUGUGACGCCAGAGGCUGGAGCAGUCCCUCACCUUGUCCUGUUCACAAGGUAGCCCGUACCCACAAGGAAGAACUGUACGACUGUAUUUCGCUGGUGUCACAAAGUUUCACGUUCUCUACGUAUUGCCUCUCACCAACACCCGAGCCUUGUAAGAUGCAGAACAUCACAGCCAAGGAAUUCGAGAGGGAGGUCGAGGCGCUCAAGUCACACCGAAGGAUUUCAGCCAAUCGUCCAAUCCUCGAUCCUGACCUCCCCGAUAUGGCAGCUAUCAGAGGAGGAGGGCAGGAGAUUUUGGGCGCUGCUGGAAGCCCCUCUCCUCCCUUCACCCGCGGCCCCAUGAACGUAUCCAAUUCCUCUCCAUCAUCGCCCUCAAGAAGAGUCGGUGUGGAUCUCACAGACGAGGGGCCGGCCUCAAACAACGAGCCGCAACUCACCAGAGGGGCUGGAAGGCAAGCUUUUACUGCCCGGCGGCGCAAUCAAGCUUCUGCCCUUGAAGCGGCGAAUGCGCCUCCCAUACAAAGCAACAGCAGGGCCUCCGGCUCUCGACCUCGCAGCCCUAACACAAGCGACUCCACCUCACCUCUGGGAAGACCCUCAGACCCUUCUCAUCUGUUUUGGGUUCCUGCCUCUGUCCAUCCGGAGCUGUCUCCUUCCCACUUCCGCGACUUCCUUCAAGAGCAUGCUUCAAGAGCUGCAAGGGAACGGGACUUACCGAACCAGCAGCCGAGCAGUCCUGGUUCUGCGUCUGGUGCUCCAAAUUCGGAGUCCACAUCGCCCAUGAGCUUCAUGCCACGGACCUCAAUGGCGCGCCGAGGAAGUACAUUACGUCGACAGUAUCGACCGGACCAUGACACUGAUGACGAGGACCACACCGCUGCUCCUCGCCGUCCAUCGCCGUCCCUGCGGCCACGCGAUGGAGAGCCGGCUCUCAGUAUCAGUGACUUACAGAAACUAGAAGCGCUAGCGGAAGAGGCCACGAAGAGUAGAGAUGAAACUGAGCUCAGAAGCGUGCUCCGGAGAACGAUGAGCUUGGGCGCGGGAACGAGCACAAUGGACACCGUCGAUGCUGUCCCUCCGGUAGGAGACGAUGCGGAUGCUCCCAUCAUUGUACCACCUCCGGGACAGAUUCUUCGCAGAGCAGCUCGCACCAAGAUCAGGAAAUCUUCCAUCUCGGCAUCGCCAGAGACGGCGGAUCGCAUCAAUCGGCUUUCCUCAUCACGAAGGAGAGCGGCUACCGACCAGGACCCUAGCAGGGGAGGCGGUGAUACCUCACAUCUCUUCGAAGGAGAUCGCUUUGGCACACCGAAUCUGGCCGCUGUGGCCAUGACACUCAUGCAGAGAAGUCCCAGUGAUAACUCUGAGCUCUCUUCAGGUGACGAUGAGAGCUUGGCGGGCGGCUCGCAGGCCAGGCCGGUAUCUGAAGGCGCUACUGACUCCAUUGUUGAUGCAUACUCGAGGGACUCGAUCAUCUCGGAUACGAGUCAGACAACAGACAUCACGUCGUUGGGAGAAAGCGAUACAGUAGAUGCUCACCAGAGCAAAUUGUCACUAUCGAUACCUUCACCGCCGGAGACGCCGACGCCAGUGCCGACGACUUCUUCUCAACGUGGUGGAGGGUACUUUGAUCUCACAUCUCGCGGUCCCGAAGACGAGUCUGUCACAUCUCCUACCUCGGAAACAAGACGUGGCGCGCUUUCCGAGUCGCCGUUGCAGUCCCCUGAGCACGAAUACCCCUCUAACACAGCACCGACUACGACGCCUGCUGCCACGACGGGAACGCCACCGGAGUCUGCUUGGCCCAUUCCAGUCUCGUAUGUACCACCUGUACCUUCAUUCGAGAAAAGCCGUGCCCAAUCCUCAGCGCCACAACAGCUGGCAUUGCAGCAGCAGCAGCAGCAGCAGCAGCAGCAGCAGCAACAGCAACAGCAACAACAACAACACCAGCAACCGCUUAAACCGACCAGCGCAAAUGUUUCUGCUCCUGUGCAGCAGAAGAGCAAGCCAUCCGUCGCACCUGUUCCUUCCUCUGCGCCCCUUACCCCAAACAAAAGCAGAGACAGAGAAAAGAGAUCCGGAGGCUUUGCGAGCUGGUUCGGCAUCGGUAAAGACGAGGAAGACGCGAGGUCAAGCAAGGAGGACAAGAAGCGCGAGAAACACCAUCGAAAGGAAAGAGAGAAGGAGGAUGAGAGUGCUGCUGGCAGCCACAGUCCGAGCUCGGGUGUCGCUCAAGCGAGAACAGACCAUAACAAGGAGAAGGACAAGGACGUAGGAAGCUUCCUAGGGGCUUUGUUCGGCAAGAAGAAGGGCAACGAUGACAGCAAAGAGGCACCGUAUCACCGCAACCAAGACAACAUCACCGCUGGCAGCCUGCUGGACCAAAGAGCCAUGGCGAAUGGCGGGCGUCUGGUGAACGGUCAUGCUCGCUACCCGAUUCACGUCGAGCGGGCCGUCUACCGCUUGAGCCAUAUCAAGCUCGCUAACCCCAGACGCCCGCUAUAUGAGCAGGUUCUAAUCAGCAAUUUGAUGUUCUGGUACCUCUCCAUUGUAAACCGGAGUCAGCAGCAAGCUCAGUCACAGCAGAAGCAACAGCCCGCUCAGUUGCAGUCUAGUAGCGGAAGCGGUGGAAAGUCGGCAUCUACCAGCUCGUCUCCGUCUGCGGCUGGACUGAAGUCGGAGGGAGGGGGCACAUCACCAGGUACGCACUCUGGUACUUCUGCCGUGAUUGACGUAGCUGUGCAAGACAGAGCCACGGGUCACUCAACUUCUGCAAAUAGCUCAACAGACUCGACCAAUGUCAUGGGCUCGGAAGCAUCGUCGGGUGGCCUCGUCUCAGUGAUUAAGCAGGCCGCCCCAAUCAAAAGCAAAAAGGGAGGUCUGGUGAAGCCCAAUCGGGCGCCGGUCGGCAGAUCCGCAGAGCAGCCCAUUCUGCCCGCCGGAUACGGUGCUCAGCAUCGUCAAAUCAACAAUGACCUUGCACUGGCUCAACAACAGCAGCAGCAGCAGCACCAACAGCAGCAGCAAUUCAGCAUGCCCUCCAGUAUCUCUGUCGGUCAAGUCAUCGAUCCUCGAGCUCUGCCUUAUACUUACACACAGCAAAGCUCUGGGACUGGCUAUCAUGCAAGCUCCUAUGAGGACAACACUUCCAGCAGCUCACAGCAAAGGAGAAGUGGAGGCGGCUCUGGAUCAAACACCUCACCCCGCACUUCCCCCAAUUUCGCCCCCCAAAGGAUUACGAACCGCUCUCUCAGUUCAGGAGGUUCCAGUCCCAACGCAUCUGACAGCAACCUCGCAAGCAAUUCUGGAGCUUGGCUUGGUGGUGGUGCUUCCAGUUCUCAUUCGUCAUCGAUGGGGCGAUCUUUGAGCAGAGGUAGUGAAGGGGACUACGACAGACAGUCGAACGGUUUCGCCUCGGAGCGAGAAUUGGAAACUGCCUUUAAUGGGCGUGGUCCGAACGCUGCCAACCGACCUGCUCCCUAUGAUUCCGACCUGCUUCGAGACGGUCAAGGGUUCCCAUCCGACACGGAUCGGCGCAAGGCGAGCAGAUCCGAAGUAGAUCCGCCCCAGCAGUCUUCUGCAAACACUGGAAAAAGGCUGGGAUACCGAGUCGGCAGUGUCGGAGACUUGAGGUCCGGCGGCUCCUUCCCUGUGAGCGGUAGCAGGGGCAUGUCGUACUCUUCAUCGAGUCCGUCUCUUGCAAACCAGAGGGACGGUAGUGAUGGAGGGUCCCCCUCACACCGGUCCGUCUCUGGCCCUGUGCGCAAUCCCUCGUCGCAUCAGCAGGAUCCGCAAUCGUUCUACAAUUCCGCAACGAUUGAUGCGUCACGGCUUCCUCAGUCCCGACGUUCUUGAUUCGAGACAGCAUCAUCCCACAAGCCUCUGUACCAAUCAAGCAUUGAAGUGAAAGUCAGCAUGCCUACCUUCCUCAGCUAGUGCGAAGUCGUAUAGAUGUGCUCAUCUCUCUACUAGCUCCGAAUUUCGUCUCUUCGCUUCAAACACCGUCAUCAUUAGCGCCUUCGCCACAUCAUCAUCAUCAACAACAUCAUCAGUGUACCUUCAUGCUUUUUCAUCAAUCAAUUCACGUGACGCAGUCCGUUACAAACACUAACACCUACA